AUGACACUGGCCAACAAGAAGAAAGAGAAUGACAUUGGCCACUUCAUACCAUCCUAUGAUGAAACACGCGUGCCGAAUCAGCUCAGGAGGAUGUCAGAGAAGUUCAGGGGUCCCCACGGUGUGUCAUCAGGAUGUCACGAGGAAGCAAAUGGUGCAAAAGCACCCGUCCCAGCUCCAGCAAAAAAAUGUGUUUCCCCUUUGUGA